GUCACUACGGUACUAGUACUAGUCAGCAUCCGCUGCCCAUUGCCCUCUAGCCUACACUACACUUGCAGUAGUAGCCUGCCUCGUGCCGCGCACCUGCUGCCAAGCAGCUGAGCUUCCCUUUUCCUCCGUCCCGUCACGCCUGAUUGCCUCGUUUGUCAGUCAUCACUAGCCGCCACCCACCACCACCACCGUUGCUGGCGGCAGUCACUCCAGUCAGCCCCUCCUCCCUCUACGCUCCCCAAAAAUCGCGCCUCCCGAGUUCGUCCGCCCGAUCAACCGCCGCCCUCGCCAGUCGCCACGCCAGAUCUGACGACGACGGACCUCACCGCCGCGCCGAUCGCUUGCUCUCGUCCCGUCCCGCACGCACCCUCAUUCGCACACCCACCACCACUCCGAUUACUUCGUACACGCCCUCCGAAUUGCGCCCGUCCGGGUGGGAAGCCGACGCCGCGGGCGGCAAUGCGGGGCGUGCCGGCCGGGGGGACGUGGUAGGGGUCCGCCGUCGCCGCCGCCGCCGCGAUGGAGGUGGAGGCCGUGGGCUGCGUCGGCGCGGGGGGCAAGCGGGCCCGGGCGAAAGGCGCGGGCGCGGAGCCGGAGCCUAAGCGCCGCGCGGUGGCGAUGGCCGUGCCGCCGCCCGCCGCCGCGCCGUGGGCGCAGCAGCACCCUGCCUCGCGGAUCUACCGCGUCUCCCGGGGCUCCGGCGGCAAGGACCGCCACAGCAAGGUGUACACGGCCAAGGGCAUCCGGGACCGCCGCGUCCGCCUCUCCGUCGCCACCGCCAUCCAGUUCUACGACCUGCAGGACCGCCUCGGCUACGACCAGCCCAGCAAGGCCAUCGAGUGGCUCAUCAGGGCCGCCGCCGACGCCAUCGACAAGCUCCCCUCGCUCGACACCGCCGCAGGCUUCCCCGCGCACCCGGCCUCCGCCAAGGACCACGCCCCGCCUGCUGGUGACAACGACGACCACCACCACCAGCAGCAGCUCACGAGGUCCGGAUGCAGCAGCACGUCCGAGACCAGCAAGGGCUCCGUCCUCUCCCUCUCCCGCUCCGAGAGCCGGGUCAAGGCGCGGGACCGCGCCAGGGAGCGGAGCGCCGUUGCCAGGGACAAGGACAAGGACCCCGCCGCUGACUCCAGGCGCGCCGCGGCUACAAGCUCAGCGCAGGCGGCAUCCUUCACCGAGCUGCUCACGGGGAUGGCUGCGGCCAGCAGCGCCGCCCCCGCCGAACACAAGCACCACCAGCAGUCGUUGGUGUCCUGGCAGCCGCCGUCCGUCUCCGCCACCACCGACUACAUCGGGUUCGCGCAGCCCCGGAAGGGCGGGGGACACGCGAUGGCGCACACUUUUGCCUCCCCCGCUCCCCACCUCGGCAACAUUGCGUCCAUCGCCAUGGCCCCGGCGCAGCACUACCACCACUUGGCCAGCGGUGCCGUCACUGUCGCCUCUGGCGGCGGCGAGCCGCACGCCGAUAUGACGCACUUCUCGUUCUUGCAGGACCACUUCAUGCCCGUCCACGCGAUGCCGGCGUCGGCUCCCGCCGGAGAAUACAACCUCAACUUCUCCAUGUCCUCGGGUCUUUUGGGUGUUAACAGUAGGGGGACCCUUCAGUCCAAUUCGCAGCCGCACAUCUCCGGCCACCACCACCACCACCACCAACAGCUCCAGAGGCUGUCUACUCCACUGGACGCUCCCAACAUACCAUUCAUGUUCAGCUCGGCCGCGGCUGCCGCUGCGGCGGCCACCACGCCCACCACGGCCGAGGGCCAGUUCGCCGCGUUCCAGCUCUGGAACGGUUUCCAGCACGCAGACAUGAAGGAGAAGGGCAAGAACUGACCGACACCUGCCCAUCGCGGUGCAGUGCUAUCUGGAUGGAUGUGAAGGCAUCAAAUAAUUGCAACCUGUCCCUGCAAGCACCAUUCAUUGCUUGAAGCUGCCAUAAGUGCGUUGUGGACGAUGUUUCCCCGAAUUCUUUUGGAAGCAGAUUCAUCCUUCAGACACUUGUGCUCUGGUCAUCACUGAAGAACCUCAUCGUCCUUACUCUGACGACCUUCUGGACUUCUUUUUUCCACCUGCUGUUGUACUCGUUUCCUGGAGGUGAGAUUCUCGGAGCGUGAUUUGCCAGUGUGCCCUGUCAGAAAGCCAUUGUAAUCAUUCCCAUUAUGAACUUUACCAACGGGUGGAGAUUCGAUUCGGCCCCUUGAUCGGCCCGCUCUUUCGAGUUUCGGGGAUCAGUUAUAUCCCUGGCAUUUUUAUGGUUCUCGGUUGUGUGUUGUACGAGAAAGUGAGAGGACUCCUAUGAAUGGAUUGAACUCAUAUGUGGGCAACUUUGUGCCCCCCUGUUGUGUGCUGAAAUACUGGCAUAAUGGGAGUCUCAGAUGUAAAUUUGCUUUCUUGUUUUGCAGCAAUUAUUUCGUAUUGCUCUC